AUGAGGAUAGCAAGCACGGCAGCUGUUGACCACCACGCUGAUGUAGCAGCUGCGAGAGCCGCUGCCUCAAACACGAAAACUUCAGAUAUAUUCCGCACAAAGUUCAAGCGCACGCGAAGAUCUAUCGAGAGAACAGAGAGACACAUCAAAGACAGGCCUCUCAGACACGUCACCAGAGAGACCAAAGUCCACCGCGCCAACCUACUCGCCAAGCGGUCCACUUUUCCUCUAAAGCUGUUAACCCCCCGACAAUUAACCCUCGCAACCGUCUGCACAAACUCCGCAAAACGAGUUUAUCGACGUGGAAAGAAGGCACCAGGGACCAACCAGCAAAGACCAGACAGCAGAGAUCAGACAACGGAGAGCGAGAGCCGGCGAGGGCAGCAGAGAACAGACAGCAGAGAGCAGGCAGCAGAGAGAAAGACAGCAGACAGAAGAGAGCACAGAACAGCCAGCAGACAGCAAAGAGCAGAGAGAAAGAAACAGCAGGAAGCAACCAGCAAAGACAGACAGAACCAGCAAGACAAGACAGCAGACAGCAAAGACAAGACAGCAGACAGCAAAGACAAGACAGCAGACAGCAAAGAGCAGCAGAGAGAAAGACAGCAGAGUGAAGAGAGCACAGAACAGCCAGCAGAGAUAAGACAGCAAAGAGCAGAGAGAAAGACAGCAGGAAGCAACCAGCAAAGACCAGACAGCAGACAGCAAAGACAGACAGCAGACAGCAAAGAGCAGAGAGAAAGACAGCAGGAAGCAACCAGCAAAGACCAGACAGCAACCAGCAGAGACCAGACAGCAAAGACCAGACAGCGGGAGCGAGAGCCGGCGAGGGCAGCAGAGGCGGAACCAGCGCGCCGAAGGACCCGCAGCAUCACAAUGAGCCGAGGGCGGGUUCUGGGGCGGCCGCGAGAGGGCGUUCGGGCGGGUGACACGAGCGAAAUGAAUGUUAGCGUUUCCGGGAGACUACGACUGCUGACGGCGACUGCUGACGAAGACACACUUGGAGAGGUUCGUGAGGGCGUCCUCGAUCCCUUUAAGUAUUUCCUCUUUAAGUACCCAGAUUUCCUACAGAAACAAGGAUAUUAUUCAAAGAUCCUGAUAUAUGAAGUAUCAAAAUUCUUCGGAUUUAUUAAGAAUCGGAGGAUCUCUCUUAGAAAAUUCCUUCCCGAAGACCUUCGAGAUCGAGAGAAACCUUUGGGGAACAAUUAA